GUGGAGCCUCAGUCAGACAGCCUCAGUUUGAGAGAAAGAAAGAAAGAAACUCACAGAGCUGCAGCGGGACGACCACUAAGAACGAGGACGAGCCGAUAUGAGGAUGGGACGGGGUCUCUUUAUGGACUUAUGAGGAUUUUUUUUGAGGAUGCAGAUCUACAUGCCUAGAGGAUCCUGAGUAAACCUGCAGCACUGACUUUUUAACGGUUUAAAGUUUGGUCACAUGACCAGUGACUGAUCUGUAUUAUUUGGAUCAAAGUGGAUUUAAAGUGGCUGAUGGAGCUGACGUCUGCAGCAGGUGGACGUGUGGACACUUUGGACAGCUGACAGGACCAAACUGAGUUAUUGAUCAUUUUCAGCUCCUCUCGGUGCUUUCAGCCAUCCUUUUAAGAGCCGUGAAUGAGGGAAUGAAUAAAUACGUGCUGAAUAGUUAAAUACUGCAGCGAAUCAACGAAAUGUUUUAAUAGUGAACGCGUGAAUAAUUAAAAGGUGACAGAGCCGUGUAGGGGGAAUAAAUUGUCAUUAUUGUAGCCCGGUUAGUGCACUGAGCACCCCAGGAUGAAGAACCCCGACCAGCUAAGUCUCCAGCUGACUCCAGACCAGGUGAGCCCCACCUGGCCCCGGCCCGAUGGGGUCCAGAUGUGCAAAGACCCGGUCCAAGUGUGUGGCCGACGUCGUCUGAAGAGGAAAUCCAGAGAGCCUCAGAGACUCUGCAGAGACCUGGACUCUGACAGGACCAUGACCGCCCCAGGAGACCGCUCCGACCUGGACUCCGGUGAUGACUCCGCCCCCCCAAACACACACCUGGUGGAGUCCAGAUGUGGAGGGCUGCUAUCAGGACUUACAGAGGGGGGCGGGGCUUUGGACAUGAGAAUCACCCCCAGGCUGAGCCAGGCUCCGCCCCCUCCCUUCGCUGAGAUCUCUCAUUGGACUCCGUCCAUUUCACACAGACUCAGACUGGGCCUCAGGUCCACCCCCCUCCUCGAAAACUCCACACCAGCACUGCCUACAUCCCUACCAGCGACCCCCCACGUUCCCCAUGCUCCCCAGGAUCAGCUGGAGCCCCAGGUGGUGUCCUCUCAGGAGUCACCCAGGAAGAGGGCGGGACUAAAUGCAGAUGGACAUGGUCGUGUUCCUGAGGUGAAGGCCAUUCAGCAGACCAGGAGGCUGCUCGCCAACGCCAGAGAGAGGACCAGAGUCCAUACAAUCAGUGCUGCAUUUGAAGCCCUGAGGAAGCAGGUGCCCUGUUACUCAUACGGACAGAAGCUGUCAAAGUUAGCCAUCCUGCGUAUUGCCUGUAACUACAUCCUGUCUCUGGCUCAGCUGGCAGAGCUUGACUACAGCUCAGAUCGAGCCAGUCUAAGCUUCUCUCAGUGCGUCGACCAGUGCACCAGGACGCUGCAGGCUGAGGGGCGGAGCAAGAAGAGGAAGGAGUGACUCUGACACGCCUGGGUCAGGAUCUGGAUGUUUCAGUGAUGACCCGCUUCACAUCAUGGACUAACAUCUGAACUUUAAUUAAUGGAACUAUGAAUUUUUGUGUGUAAUGCUCAUCAGAUAAAUAAUCCUGUAACCAUGGAAACAGAUCAAGCAGAAACCUCCAGUGAUGGAAAAUGAAGCUGAUGCUGUGAAAAGGCUGCAGUUCCUCAAGUGUCCACUGGAGGCUGCCUGCAGGAGAAGCACAAGUCACAUCUACAGCCUGUGAUAAAUAUCCAUUUUUACUGCAGAAAUAAACAUGUUUACAGCCUGGUUCAUGACAUUAAGAAGGAUAAUUAGGAGCUGAAAGGACUACAUGCCCCCCUGUUGUAGCUGUUUUUCAGGAAGUUUAAGAUCUGCCUCAGCUCUCUGUCUUUGUCAGUUUCUAUGUUAAUCUAAAGUUAGCUUUAGACAGCAUUUUGAAUAUGGUUGCAACUGCUGAUGGGAUUCAAAAUCCCCCUUCAGUCAUGGCUGACAUCUACUGGGUUUUGUCCAGUAUUUAUACUUUAUAUGAUAUGAAUUUUUCUCUCUUCUUUGAAACAGUGGUGGAUCUCAGCACGUGUCCCCAAAAAACUUUAUUUGAAUAAACAUCCGUUUACACAACUCAUUCAUUCAGUGUUAAAAAAAAUGUAGUGAUAAAAAAAAAGUUAGUUCUAUAUCAUAAAUAUGCUCAUUUUAUUUCUUGUGUAAAAUAAAAUAU